CAUAACUCCUCCAACCAUGGGCCAGCCACAAGCCCUCCUUGCGGCGAGCACGGUGUGGCUCUCUGGCUGGUCCCUGGGCCUCUUUGCAGCGGCGUUGUGGGAGGGCAUCUGCGCGCACAGCGCCUACGACCUGCGGCGCUCAACGCCGGACUGCCUCCGCCAUAAGGGGAGCGAGGUGUGUGCAGAGUUUUCUGUCGCGUGGUGCGCGGCGCCAGCGAGCAUCCUGAGCCUCUCACCGCGCUGGCUCGGCGACGCGGCCGGCAUGGGAGGCCCGCUGCUCACCUGGCUGCCGCUCCUGCUCGGCUCCUCCUCCGGGGGCGGCGGCGGCCGCAGCGAGGGAGAGGUGCGUGAGGCGCUGCGCCUGGCGCUGACGUGGUACCUCGCGCUGAUUGGGCCGGUGCGGCACGCACACCGGCUGAUGCCCGCCCGGUGGGACCCGUCGGGCCACAUCUUUGUCUACGGCGCCCAACUCGCGCCGUACGCGCACGCGCCUCUAGCGCACCUCUCCCUUCCGGUGAGAGGAUGGCUGGCCGGCUGGGCGGCGGUGCUCCUCUACCUCUCUGUCCAGACGGCGGCCUUCUUCCACACCCCUGGCGAGACCGCCGCGGGCUUCGCCCUCGUCGCCGCCCUGUGGCUUGCUUGCGCAGGCUGCGGCGCCAACGCCGCAGAGCCAGACACCGAGCCGGCAGCGGGGUUGCGCCUGCUCUCCCCGCACGGGCACGUCGCGAGAGAGUCGGCCCGGCUGGCCGUCGGGGCGCGCGCGCUCGCGACGACGGCCGUGGUCUGGGCAGGCUCGACCGCCGCCGCGUGGAUGGGCAGCGCCGCACCCGAGGCUGGCACACUGCUCGGCCAGCUCGGCUACGACGGCGUCCUCUGGCUCGUCCUGCUCUCCCUGCCGAGCGCGACGCAGGCGGCGCCGUCGAGGCGCGAGAUGGCGGCGGCGGCGGACGGUGCGGCGUUGACCGCAGCAGAGCCGUCCCUGCUUGCAGCAGCAGCAGCAGGAGGAGGUGGAGGCGCGCUGCGGAAUCGGGUCGGGCCUCUGUCCUGCAGCGCCUCUUGAGCGGGCCUGGGGCCCCGCACUUGUGGUGGGCUUGUCUAUUCAGUUGUCAAGCAGUGUCGGGAGGGACGUCGCGGGCGAUUUGUGACGUGUUUGUGGGUGCGAAUCUGUGUCUCAACUCAUACAUCUGUCCCUGUGAGCUGUGUGUAGGGUUGUCUAACGUUAAUUUGGGGCCUAACAGUUGCGCUAUUGUUGGCUG